AUGUCAGAAAAUCCUGGCUUGAAAAAUCUUGCCAGUGUAACCAGCAAUACAGAUCGUAUGGAAGCAGCCGACCAUGAAGUCGACUUGCAAGCCAUUACAUCUCAGCCACUUUCUAUGGGGGAUGUGGCAGAUGACUUCACAUCUGACCAAAAAUACUUCAUUUUGCUGAGACUCAACUAUGACCAUCUUGAGUCUCUAGAUGACCUUCCCCCAGGAGCAGUCUUCAUGCUUGAGAAAAUUCAGUAUCUUUCGCUCGAUCAGUCCAGAGAGAUUAUCAGUGAAUACCUCGAGAAACACAUUUCGGAUGUCAACAUCCCUGCGGAGGAGUACGACUUCAUCGAGAGAUUAUACCAAGCUGAGAGCCUUGGCAGUUCACAAACAAAGCUGUUGAAGAAGGCCACUGAAAAAUAUGACUUUGCUGAGGAGACCGGCGAGUUGGACAAUUCGCUGAUGAGCCUGGGUUCUAGUGGACAUGUGAUUGUCAAUCCAGAGCUUCAACUCAGGCUUGAAGCCGGAAUUAUUGCCUACUGGUCUCCAUACCCUGAAGUGCGUUCCGUAACCGACCCAUACGACGAUCCCUCGAUCCCAUGCGAGACUUUCAGAGUGUAUCUCAUUGGGUUAAUUUGGACGGUGUUGGGUACCUUCAUCAACACAUACUUCCAGGACAGACAGCCCAGUAUUGCGUUGUCGAGUGCUGUGGUUCAGCUUUUCGUGUACCCUUGUGGUAAACUUUCUGAAUUUCUUCCUCACUGGGGCUUCACCAUUCGUGGAUUUACAUUCGAGCUCAACCCAGGCCCAUGGACUUACAAAGAGCAGAUGUUGGCUACCAUUUGCUACAAUGUGUCUUCUGUUGCAGCCUACGUUGUGAGCAACAUUCAGGUGCAAAAAAUGGAGAUGUUCUACAACAACGACUGGGUUGACUUCGGCUACCAGUUCCUCCUUAUGUUCUUCACCAACUUCAUGGGCUUUGGUUUAGCUGGAAUGGUGAGGAAAUUCGUUGUGUAUCCCGAGGCAGCAAUCUGGCCUACUAAUCUUCCUACCAUGGCCAUGAACAAUGCCUUGACCAAAGGUGAAAAGAAGGAGAUCAUCAAUGGCUGGAAAAUCAGCAGAUACAACUUUUUUUUCUUGCUGACUGCACUCUCUUUCCUCUGGUAUUGGGUUCCCGACUACUUGUUCACCGCCCUUUCAACCUUCAACUGGAUGACUUGGAUUUCACCUAACAACUUUGACUUGGCCGCUAUUACCGGAAGCCAGAGCGGGCUCGGGUUGAACCCAAUCACUACGUUCGACUGGAACAUCAUCAGUUUCUUGAAUCCCUUGAUCCUUCCAUUUUACGCCCAGCUCAACCUCUACAUCGGUGGUUUGGUAGCUUUGGUGAUCACUGCUGCUUUUUGGUACACCAACUACAAGUGGACUGGCUACAUUCCAAUCAUCUCGAACUCGUUGUUUACCAACACAGGCGACUACUACGAGGUGACGCAGGUGGUUGACUCGAACAGUUUGUUCGAUGUCGAGGCUUAUGAAGCAUACGGCCCGCCUUUCUAUUCUGCUGGUUCCUUGGUCGUCUAUGGAGCCUUCUUCCUCAUUUAUCCAUUUUCCUUCUUCCAUGUGCUCAUUAUGAAGUGGGACCAGUUGAAGAAUGCUUUCAUCCAACUUUCCAGAGUGGUCACAAGAAAAUCCAAUUCCACCUACGACGGAUUCGACGAUCCCUUCUCCAGAUCCAUGACCAAAUACAAGGAGACACCUGAAUGGUGGUUUAUGGUAGUUCUUGUGAUCUCACUUGUUUUUGGUAUUUUAUGUGUCCAGCUCUAUCCUGCUGAAACACCAGUGUGGUCGCUUUUCUUUGCCUUGGCUCUUAACUUUAUUUUCUUGAUUCCAUUGAGUAUCAUCUACGCCACCACAGGUUUCCAAUUUGGCUUGAAUGUCUUGGUGGAGUUGAUCAUUGGGUAUGCUAUUCCAAACAAUGGUCUUGCUUUGAUGCUUGUCAAGGCAUUGGGUUACAAUAUCGACGGCCAGUGUCAGAUUUUCCUUGGAGACUUGAAGAUUGGUCACAACUUGAGACUUCCUCCUAGAGCCUUGUUCAGAGUACAGAUCAUUUCUACAGUCAUCUACUCGUUUGUCUCCUUGGGUGUGGUGAACCUUGCCAUGCAGACUAUUGAAAAUUACUGCCACCCACAUCAGCCCCAGAAGUUCACCUGUCCAUCGUCCACAACAUUCUAUUCAUCCUCGGUGUUAUGGGGUGUCAUUGGUCCAAAGAAGAUUUUCAGUGGAAUCUAUCCAGAAUUGCGUUGGUGCUUCUUGAUUGGUUUCCUUCUUGUUUUCCCAGUGGUGUUUAUCCAGAAGUGGUUCAAGAGAAAUAAAUUUGUGCAGAGAUUCCAGCCCACCUUGAUCAUUGGAGGAAUGUUGAACUGGUCUCCGUACAAUUUGUCCUACUACACGCCUUCUUUCAUUGCGUCAUUUUUCUUCAUGAACAUAAUCAGAAAGCGUUUUUUCGCUUGGUGGAACAAGUACAACUAUAUCCUUUCCGGAGGUCUCAGUGCUGGUGUGGCCUUCAGCAGUAUCAUCAUUUUCUUUGCCGUGCAAUAUCACGAUAAGUCCAUCUCGUGGUGGGGCAACAAUGUCAACGCAGAGGGUCUCGACUACAUUGGACCAGCCAGACUUAAUGCCACCCUUGAAGCUCCAGGAGGGUAUUUUGGUCCACGUUUUGGAAAUCUUCCUUAG